AUGGGUUCAUCCGGUUCAAAAUCGACGACAGUCACCACCACGUCUCAUAGUAGCACUACUGCGACCACUAGUUCUACUAAAACGACUACCCCAAGUAUUAAAAGUACUACCAGUACUACAAGUUCUACAACCACCACUUCUUUAGAAAUUGUUGAAAUCAGUUCGAGUACGUUGGUGUUUUCUGUUAUACCUGAAAUAACAUCCAGCUCAACUCUCUCUUCUGCUACAAUUGCUUCAAUUAUAUCAUCAGAAUCCCUCGCUUCCAUUAUUUCUUCUCUUUCAUAUACAUCAUCGACUAUUCCUACUGCAUCGGUCAGCAAUGUUGGAUUAUCAUACGGUAACCCCUCAAACCGAUAUAGUGUACCUUUCUCGGCAACUGCACAGUCUUCAAGCUCUACUACAAGUACUAGUUCAUCAGACGGUAGCGCUACUAAGGUAUCUUCCCUUCGAGUCAGUUCAUCAAUUGGAGUCGUUUCAUCUUCAGAGCCACCGGUAACAUUAUCCGUGCUAGAACCCUCUGUGAUUUCUUCUAACACCGGUGUAGUUAUGUCCUCGACAUCCUCCAUGUUAGCGUCCAAAAGUUCUUCUACAAUGUUUACUGAACCCUCGCCUUCUUCUAAGGCAAGUUCUUCUGAAUCGGUCGCUCCAUCGGUCGACACUGCCAGUUCUGAGAGCGCUCAGCUGACUUCUUUGAGGACGAAUUCCGGUCAAACCACCGAUGUUAUAAAAACUUUCUCAUCCACUUCCAGCCAGAACACUUCAGAAGUUCCAUCAGCAACCUCAUCAGCCACUUCCGAAAUUCCAUCAGCCACUUCCGAAAUUCCAUCAGCAACCUCAUCAGUCACUUCCAGCUAUGGUAGCUCCAGCAGGACCGCGUACGAAGUUACAUCAACGACCUCAUCAGUUUCCUUCAGCCAGAGCACUUCCGAAGUUCCACCAGCGACCUCAUCAGUUUCCUUCAGCCAGAGCACUACUGAAGUUCCAUCUGCAACCUCACCAGUCAUUUCUAAUCAGACUACUUCCGAAGUUCCAUCAGCGACUUCAUCAGCGACUUCCAGCCAGGCUACUUCUGAAGUUCCACCAGUGACCUCGCUAAUUAUUUCGAGUCAUGAUAGCUCGAACAGGACCGCGUACGAAGUUACACCAGUUACAUCAUCAGCCACUUCCAACCAGGCUACUUCAGAAGUUCCAUCGGCGACCUCGUCAGCCACUUCACUAGUCACUUCCGACCAGAUCACUUCCGAAGUUCCAACAGUGACCACGUUAAUUAUUUCGAGUCAUGGUAGCUCGAACAGGACCGCGUUCGAAGUUACACCAGCGAGCUCAUCAGCAACUUUCAACAGGACCGCGUCCGAAAUUACACCAGCGAGCUCAUCAGUCACCUUCAGCCAGACUACUUCCGAAGUCGCAUCAGCGACUUCAUCAGCGACUUCCAGCCAGGCUGCUUCUGAAGUUUCCUUAGUAAUCUCAUCGGUCAUUUCCAACCAGGCUACUUCUGAAGUUCCACCAGUGACCUCGCUAAUUAUUUCGAGUCAUGAUAGCUCGAACAGAACCGCGUACGAAGUUACACCAGUGACCUCAUCAGAAACUUCCCGCCAGAGCACUACUGAAGUUCCAUCAGCAACCUCACUAGUCAUUUCCAACCAGUCCACUUCCGAAGUUCCAUCGGCGACCUCAUCGGCGACUUCCAGCCAGGCUACUUCUGAAGUUCCACCAGCGACCUCGUUAAUUAUUUCGAGUCAUGAUAGCUCGAACAGAACCGCGUACGAAGUUACACCAGUGACCUCAUCAGCAAUUUCCCGCCAGAGCACUACUGAAAUUCCAUCAGCAACCUCACUAGUCAUUUCCAACCAGACCACUUCCGAAGUUCCAGCGACUUCAUCAGCGACUUCCAACCAGGCUACUUCAGAAGUUCCACCAGCGACCUCGUUAAUUAUUUCGAGUCAUGAUAGCUCGAACAGAACCGCGUACGAAGUUACACCAGUGACCUCAUCAGCAACCUCCCGCCAGAGCACUACUGAAGUUCCAUCAGCAACCUCACUAGUCAUUUCCAACCAGACCACUUCCGAAGUUCCAGCGACUUCAUCAGCGACUUCCAACCAGGCUACUUCAGAAGUUCCAUCGGCGACCUCGUCAGCCACUUCACUAGUCACUUCCGACCAGAUCACUUCCGAAGUUCCAACAGUGACCACGUUAAUUAUUUCGAGUCAUGGUAGCUCGAACAGGACCGCGUACGAAGUUACACCAGUGACCUCAUCAGCAACUUCCCGCCAGAGCACUACUGAAGUUCCAUCAGCAACCUCACUAGUCAUUUCCAACCAGGCUACUUCAGAAGUUCCAUCGGCGACCUCGUCAGCCACUUCACUAGUCACUUCCGACCAGAUCACUUCCGAAGUUCCAACAGUGACCACGUUAAUUAUUUCGAGUCAUGGUAGCUCGAACAGGACCGCGUACGAAGUUACACCAGUGACCUCAUCAGCAACUUCCCGCCAGAGCACUACUGAAGUUCCAUCAGCAACCUCACUAGUCAUUUCCAACCAGACCACUUCCGAAGUUCCAUCGGCGACCCCACUAGUCCCUUCCGACCAGAUCACUUCUAAAGUUCCACCAGCGACCUCGUUAAUUAUUUCGAGUCAUGAUAGCUCGAACAGAACCGCGUACGAAGUUACACCAGUGACCUCAUCAGCAACUUCCCGCCAGAGCACUACUGAAGUUCCAUCAGCAACCUCACUAGUCAUUUCCAACCAGACCACUUCCGAAGUUCCAUCGGCGACCUCAUCGGCGACUUCCAGCCAGGCUACUUCUGAAGUUCCACCAGCGACCCCACUAGUCCCUUCCGACCAGAUCACUUCUAAAGUUCCACCAGCGACCUCGUUAAUUAUUUCGAGUCAUGAUAGCUCGAACAGAACCGCGUACGAAGUUACACCAGUGACCUCAUCAGAAACUUCCCGCCAGAGCACUACUGAAGUUCCAUCAGCAACCUCACUAGUCAUUUCCAACCAGACCACUUCCGAAGUUCCAUCGGCGACCUCAUCGGCGACUUCCAGCCAGGCUACUUCUAAAGUUCCACCAGCGACCUCGUUAAUUAUUUCGAGUCAUGAUAGCUCGAACAGAACCGCGUACGAAGUUACACCAGUGACCUCAUCAGCAACUUCCUGCCAGAGCACUACUGAAGUUCCAUCAGCAACCUCACUAGUCAUUUCCAACCAGACCACUUCCGAAGUUCCAGCGACCUCAUCAGCGACUUCCAACCAGGCUACUUCAGAAGUUCCAUCGGCGACCUCAUCGGCCACUUCCAGCCAGGCUGCUUCUGAAGUUUCCUUAGUAAUCUCAUCGGUCAUAUCCAGCCCGAUUACUUCUGAAGCCUCGCCAACAACUUCCAGCUCGGUCGCUAGUGUACCAUUCGUAAACAAUUCCACCACCGUUAGUUCUUCGUUAGCUGCCAUCAGUUUGACUGCCUCUAAUAUCUCACCAGUCACAUCUAGUUGUGUUAGCUUCGAUGCCUCUCCAACUUCCUCCAAUGUCGCCACCUUAUUCGUAAGUAAUUCAGCAGAUGCUAGCUCUUCAUUAGCAAUCAUGAGUUUGACUGUCUCCACCGUUCCGCGAUCCACAUCUAGUGCACAAUUCGUAAGUAAUUUAGCUACUGCUAACUCGUCUUCAGCAACUUCUAGCUUUGUUAUUACUGUAACUUCCCCAACUGGGUCUGCAAUUGCGACAUCUUCAACCACAUUUGUUUCAACUCCAACUUCGAAAGUUAGUCAACCUACAGGUGUCUUUAAUGUAUCAUUUGUUCUUAUAACUGAUACACAAAUCAAAACAGUAACCUCGACAGUAAAUUGUAGUAGCGCCGGCUUCUAUUCCAAUAUCACCAAAACGGCAAUGACAAGUAGAGAGACUACUUUCAAGGAGGAAAUUGCUAUAAAAUGUUCAAGUGGUUGCACCAAAAGUGGAGACAUAAUCAGUUUUACUGCCGUAACAAAUAUAAACGCUUCUACCUUAACUACUUGCAAAGAAAAAGAGGCAACAUCGACUGUAAGCGGAAACGGAAUGAAAUCUGCCACUGAUGCUAACACAAGCAAUGUCGCCACAUUCCCCUCUUCCACAAGUGUUAGGAGUUCAAGCACUUCCCAGAAAUCUUUAAGGAUUGCGCCAGAAUCUGAUAUGAAAAGCGGUUUAUCAACUGCUGUAACCUCAUCAACAGCUGAAGUUAGAGAGGACUUGUCAACCGAAGGGACAAAGACUUCGCCAGAUACAGGUCCAGAAGCGACACUCAUUACUAGAGUAACAAUGAAGGCAUCUACUGAAGGUUCAGAGAAGACAUCAAGUACCACGAAGUCUUCAAUUAGAAACGUCGUUGACAAGGGUGAAGUUACUCUCAAAACUGUCAUUGUUUCGAGGAAAAAACCAGCACCAACAUCAAAACACAUUCCAUCAACAAAAAAGGUUACUAAGUCUACCAAGAAACCUAUCACAGCCGCUCAUAUGACAUCCUCAUCCACUAAACACACACAAACACACUCUAAUCACACUACCACUGCAAACAAAAACGGGGGAACAUCCUUGAAUAUUAACAUGAGAGUUUUUGCUAUUGGUGCUAUUGCCUUAAUGGCUUGA